UUGCAUUAAGGGUUGGGUUGGCCCGCGAUGUGAGCACAGUAUUGAUUGCCAUGCAUUUUGUUUGAAUGACGGCACUUGUAUGCCUUCGGAUGAUUCCGAUAGACUGCCCGUCUGUUUCUGCCCUCUGGGUUUCGACGGCCUUCGCUGCGAGAAUCUGGUACUCAAGACACCAGACUUUGAUUCCCGGGAAUCGUACUCUUUGGACGCAACGACAAAAUGGAUAUUAAUAGCUGUGAUACCCGUUGCCAUUGUUUUAAUACUCUUUUUGGUUGUUUUCAUCGGCGUCUUCACCUUCAGAAUCCGUAAAAGUAACCGAGCGUUUCUUCACCGGCGAAUGCAAGAGAGCGGCGCCAACGUUGAGAUCAGUAAUCCUAUGUUCGGUGGCGACGACUUCGACGAUGACUUGAGUCCCAGCCAUGCCUUGAGCCGUACGUUCGCUCUGGAGGUCAACGAUAAGAGUACAAAUUUCGCGAAUCCUUUGUAUGAAUUCCAACAAAACACUGACGAAGAGAAGCGCAAUCUUCUGAUCGCCGACAAUGAAGUCAACAGUAAUGAUGAAUCCAAAGACGUCUACAACGAUAGCGAACAUCCAUUGGCUUAGGUAUCGCUUCCUCAAUGUCUGGACUCUCAGCUCAUGUAUCGAUAUUUUCGUUCAACUCAAUAGUGGUCUCAGAAAUUCUUCGCCUGUUUUUUAGCGGAC